AUGAAUAUAACAUCUCGAAAGGAAAAGAAUUUAUAAUCUCAUAAUUUGUUUGAAUUUCCAAUUUUAAGUGAUGUGCAAUAUCUUAAUUUGAGUUAUAAUCUAAUUAGUUAGAUUCCAGAUUAGAUUAUAUAGAUGAAGAAUUUAGAGAUUUUGAUUCUAAAUCAUAAUUAAAUAGUAGAAUUUCCUAAUGUACAAUUACCAAACCUACAUACUUUAGAGAUUUCAGAUAACAAAUUGUAAUCGACAGAUUUUUCAAAUCUAAAUCUAAGUAAUUUAGAUAUUUAAUAUAAUUCAUUUGAAGUGUAUUAGCAUGUCUAGAGUGUAGAGAAAUUAUGUUUAAGUUGGUUCACUUUAAUUGAUAUGAGUGCUUAAUAAUUUAAUUUGUUAACAUCACCAAUAGGAGAAUAAUUGAGAAUGCACAAAUAGAUGAAUUUUAAUGAAUUUGUUAACAUAUUUUCUAGUUUUACAAAUACAAUAAUAAUUAAGGCAAUUCAAUAUGAUGAAGUAAGUAUCAUACCAUCAAUAUGUGAAAAUCAUUUGGAAUGUUUAACAAAAUUGUAACAUCCAUAACCUUUAAUUCUAGCAGCAAAGUUAAAUAUAAGGUAAAAGUGAAUAUAUACAGGAUUUACAAGACCUUAUUGUCAUACUUGGAUCCAACUCAUCUAUUAAUUAGAUUUGUAUUUCUUUGGGCAUGUCAUCAUUUAGAAUACGAAGUAAUUGAACAUAUGCUUGAUCGUGGAAUUGUGGCUUUUUGGGAUGAUUAAAUGAAACACAUAAGUCAGAUUCUAUUUGUUCCAUUAAAAGGUGUAAAUGGAGAUACACCUUUACAUUUCAUAUUAAGAAGAUAAUGUAGGAAUGAAUCUGAUUACAUUAAUCAAAUGAACAUUGUUUAAUUAUUGUUAAAACAUUAAAAUCCUAACCUCAAGAAUUCUUUAGGAAUUGCACCAAUACAUGAAAUAUUGUUAAUACCAUCUUUAAGAGUAAGUUCUUAAAUUCUAAAAAGAGUUUUACCAAUUGUCCUUCUAAUUAAUUUGAUUAUACCAAAAGAAUGGCAUCAUCUAAAGAUUCCAUUAUGCAUAUUGCUACUUAAAUGGGAUAUAUUUAAGCCAUCCAAUUAUUUUCAGGAUAACUUAGUAUGUUUACUAUUAAUUAAUUCAAUAAGACUCCCAAGUAAACUUCUUAGCCUUCAGUAACAAUACUUAAAUAUGUACGAAAAUUAGAAAUCUAAGAAUUAAGAAGCAUCUUUAUUUAAUCAUAGUAACAUCUUUAAGUUUCUAUUCGAAAUCCUCAAGAAUUUCAUAUCUCAGUUAAUGAAGCUGACAAUCUAUAUACUUUGUUGCUCAAAGAUUUGAUAUUGACUGAUAAAUUAAUUAUUGUAACUUUAAUUAACAUGUUACAAUUUAAAUUACUUUAUUAAAUUAAAUUUACAUCAAAUCGUAUCAUAAAACCUAUCCGAAUUAUCAAUAAUUGUCAUCACAAUUUCUAUCCUGAUAUAAAAGAGUUCAAAAAAAAAUUAUUAGAAAAAUUAUCAUAAAAUAAAGAGAUAAUAUAGAGACCAAUAAGAUUCUAAGAAAUUACUAUGAAAAAGGGUUAAAAAUAAAUAAGUGUAAAUUUAGAUUAAUUUAUUGAUAACAGCAAUGAUCUCUAUGAUAUGGUUACAUUCUAUCCUAUGAUUGGAAUGUCUGGGAAUCUAUCAAACAGAACAUCACUUUUGGAUUAUGAAGACUUUUAACAUCAACAAUUUAGGAAGACCUAAUUUCAUUAGAGAAUUAACAAAAAUUAUGUUAGUGAAAGAUAAUAAUCACCAUUGCCAAUGAAGUAUAGCUAUGAUAAUUUUGUAACAUAUAGAAAAAAUAAAUCGAUAACACUUGAUUUAGGUAAUUAAGUUAAAGAGUAAAGUCUAAACAAUUAUUAUCUAUAGAAAUUGUAAUGA